GGGUGAGGUGGAGGCGUCCGAAACCCUGAAGAGACUUCUCAAUGGGGUUCAAGGUUUCGGUGAGGGACGCAGGGAGGGGGAAACUGCCUCGGAUCUGCGAUCUGACUUUGGGAAGGCCACCCCCAGGCCUGUCUGGGAGGUUGAAGGCCGGAGACCCCCCACAAAUGCCGCUGGUUUUCUUUGAAUUCCCCAAAGGCCCUGAACGUGGCGGUAGGGAAUUGCCGGGUCCUCCAUUCCCCGCCCGGACACAAUGGCCGCCGGCGCCCUGCACAAAGACUGGGUGAGGGUGAGGCGCUGGGCCUCUCCUCAGGUCAGGAAGAGGGGUCGAGGCCUGCUCGACGGCCCCACAGCUGAGACCACGUUUUCCUGGGGACAGGCCCAAAGUGGCUUCCUGGCGCCCCCGGGAGGGCUCCGGGGCCGGGGGCUGCACCUCUCCGGAGCCCAGGGUGGGCCGGCUGCGGCCUCGCGGCUUCUCGCGCUCACUAGGCCCGGUACCCGCCGAGCCACCGCCCCGUUGCUAAGCAACCGCCCUCCCCCGGGGGCGCCCCCUAGACCUUUCUAGGAGGAGGGGCCUCGCCCCCGGCGGUUCUCCCCAGCGCCGCCAAUCAGCGAGCCUAGCCGGCACGGAAGCGGGACGGCGAAGGCUCCUAUUGGGCGCAGCGGCUGUCAGGCACAGGGGAGGC